AUGGAUCAAGGAUGGACAGACAUGGAGAAUGGGGAGAUCACAUUCGAGCUGCAUGCGAGGACUCAGGGAUGGGCCGGGUUAGGAUUCUCGGCCAACGGUGCCAUGACUGGAUCUGACAUUGUCGUCGGAUGGAUCAAGGAUGGACAGACCUUCUUCACGGACCGACACGCAGUGGGAAACGAGUUGCCUUUGGUGGACGAGAGUCAAGACUACGAACUCCUCUUCGCAUCAGAGGACGAAGAAGGGUUGACCCUAAGAUUUAAACGUCCCAUCGACACCUGCGAUGAAGAUGACUUCUACAUCACCGGAGAAAAUUAUCCAGAGCAGACAGGUUUCCCCCUUAAAGCAGCCUCGGAGGGAGCAACAUAUUACCUAUUGCAGGUGCAUUACGACAACCCCAUGCUCGUCGACGGGAUCUACGACGAUUCCGGCCUUACGAUUUAUUACACGGAUAAUCUCCGGACCUACGACAUGGACACUGUGGUGUUCGGUCAUAAUGUCGUCUACGCCCAGAGAUAUUUGAAUCUGGCAGGGAGAAAGAUGAGAGCCCGAAUAUUCAGGGACGGAGAGGAACUUUCUUGGAUCCUCCACGACGAAAACUACGCCUUCGACUACCAGCAGAGCCGCGUCCUCAGAGAGGAGUUUAUACUUCUUCCCGGUGAUCACAUGACCAUCGAGUGCGAGUUGUCUUCUUCGGAACAAGAGGACGUGACCGUUGGAGGGCUGAAAACACAAGACGAAAUGUGCGAACUUUUCGCCAUGUAUUACCCUCGAGUGGAAGGGAUGAACGUCUGCCUCACGAGCGUGGACUCCCAAUACUUCCACUCCACAUUUGAACUUGGUGGGGUGCACAUGAACUGGGAAUCACUUGAAUGGGAACUGGACGCGACGAAUCAGACCAUUCAUGAGUACUUCAGAGGCUUCAAUUGGGAGAACUUCGACCUGGAAGCCUAUCAAGAAGCCGUUCGAUUCGAUCCUCAGCCAGGAAUUUGCGGACGAUCUCCCAACCUUUUUCCUCAGACAUGGGAGAGGCAUGAAACCUUGGAUCGAGAUGGGAUUGUGAAUUUAUUCUGGACUCCGGAUUUGGAGAAUGGGGUGAUAACAUUCGAGCUACACGUGAAGACUCAGGGAUGGGCCGGAUUGGGCUUCUCGGCCAAUGGUGCCAUGCCUGGAUCUGACAUUGUCGUCGGAUGGGUCAAGGAUGGACAGAGCUACUUCUCGGACCGACACGCAGUAGGAAACGAGCUGCCUUUGGUGGACGAGCGUCAAGACUACGAACUCCUCUUCGCAUCAGAGGACGAAGAAGGGUUGACCCUAAGAUUUAAACGUCCCAUCGACACCUGCGAUGAGGAUGACUUCUACAUCACUAGUGACACGUGGAGUGUGAUCUACGCAUUUGGUGAGACUGAUCCAGACGAGGAAGAUCCAUUCUACCACGGGCGAGACAAUCGUGGUGUGAAAUCCGUCAAUCUCCUCGACCCACAAAAUGGGGAUAUACCAGAUGAGCCUGGAGUGAAGGAAUGGGAAUUGAGAAAUGACAUCAUCAUCCCUCCCAUCGAUACCACCUAUUGGUGCAGUGUAUUCAAAGCCCCCCCAGUCGACAGAAAGCAUCACAUCAUUGGGUACCAACCGUGGAUAAUGGAAGGGAACGAAGCGUACCUGCACCAUUUCGUGGUAGCUACGUGCACGGUGAACGAGGACGAAGAAACAACCUUCGAGCAGUUCAUGCAAGAUUAUCCCCACGGUGUAUCUUGCUUUGAUUAUAGCAUCAAUCUCCCCAUUCAGAAAUGCCAGAAUGUCCUCAUGGCAUGGGCCGUCGGUGGAGUGGGAGAAAAUUAUCCAGAGCAGACAGGUUUCCCCCUUAAACCAACCUCAGAAGGGGCCACGUAUUACCGAUUGGAGGUGCAUUACGACAACCCCAUGCUCGUCGACGGGAUCUACGACGAUUCCGGCCUCACAAUUUACUACACGGAUAAUCUCCGGACCUACGACAUGGACACCUUGGUGUUCGGCCAUAAUGUCGUCUACACCCAGUAUCCCUACAUUUCCAACCUGAGUGCUUUCGCUGAGAUAGGACUGGAUCCCACACCCAAUCUCGUCUUGUUCUUCCAGCUUGUCCCACCUGGAUUGAACAAUUUCAUGACCGUGGGACACUGUCCUGCGGAAUGCACGGAGAUGCUUCCUCCUGAGGGCAUUCAUAUUUUCUCUGGACUGCUGCAUUCACACCUCCUCGGGAGGAAGAUGAGAGCACGAAUUUUCAGAGACGGUCAAGAACUUCCCUGGAUCCUCCACGACGAACACUACGACUUCGACUACCAGCAGAGCCGCGUCCUAAGAGAGGAGUUUAUACUUCUUCCCGGCGAUCACGUAACCAUCGAAUGCGAGUUGUCUUCCUCGGAACGAGAGGACGUGACCGUCGGAGGGCUGAAAACCCAUGACGAAAUGUGCGAAUUUUUCGUCAUGUAUUACCCUCGAGUGGAAGAGAUGAACGUAUGCCACACGAACGUAGAUUUUCAGCGCUUCCACGCCACAUUUCAGCUUGGCAGUGUCCACAUGAACUGGGAAUCACUCGAUUGGGAAGUGGAGCCGACGAACCAGACCAUUCAAGAAUACUUCAGAGAUUUCGAUUGGGAGAACUUCGACCUGGAAGCCUAUCAAGAAGCGGUUCGAUUCGAUCCACAGCCAGGAAUUUGCGGACGAAUAACCGACCUUCUCGAAGUGAAGGACGUGACAUUCCCAGAAUACGAGAGCGAAUACCAACCUCCGCCGAGACAGUGCCCCUUGGGGAGUCCCCACCAUUGAGCUGUCGUUUUCACUUCAAGAAGAAUGAAAAUACAUUGAUUCCGCUUUUCGAAAGGGCGGUUGUAGAGUCGGCCGUCUUUGCUUUGGGAAUGGUUCCGUUUCGAGGUUUGGUGCACUCGGGCACAUAUAAA